AUGCACACAUUAUUGGUGCGAAUUCUGGAACAUCGGCAGCUUUCACAUGCCGGACAACUGUUUACAAUAUCCGAUUAUGACGUCAUCACCGAUUUGCAUCGAACUUUGGCAAAAAUCAAAUCAAUCUUUAAUGCACCUGAUUACUGUCGUAACGCAAAUGAUCAAAGUGUGGUUGAGAUUGUCUUGGCUCGUAUUACUGCUGCAAUUCGUGAAAUGAACAGUAUCGAAACUUAUGCACCAGCACUAGUGGACACACUCGGUAGCUGUUUGAACCAUGAAAUGACUACUGCUGCUAAUUUAAGUUGUGUUGUUAUGGAUACACCGCAUUGUAAAAUUGCCUGCGAACUUCUCAACAGUCUUUUUCUUCAUUACAGUAAAAAAUCGGUGAUGACAGUAACAGUACCGACAGCAAUACGGGCGCUAAGUUGUGGAAGUGAUGAGUUAACUCGAAAUACCACCGGCUAUUUGUCAUUAGCAGCUAUACAUAAUGGUCGUCUUCUUGCACAAUACUCUCUACAAAUUAUCACUAAUAUACUUAAUGGCAAUUUCUCAUUGGUGAGAGUAAUUCCACAGCUUUAUCCGGAGAACCGUGAACCAUUUCAUGCUCAUUUUCCGCAGAUUCUCAAAUUACUUCAAAAUGAACAGACGGAUCAAUCGGAACGCCUUUCCAUUUUACAGUUUACAUCUAUGGUUGCUAAUGCUAACCCUGAUCUAAUUCUCAAACAUCUGGAUGAUCUCGACAUUUUUCUUUUUCACCCACCUACUCGCACCGCUGUCCUUCACAUUUUCCUCUCACUUAUCUCACUGAAUCGAACAUUUGCUCUGGUUCCACAUCUGGAUGCACUACGUCGAGCUGCUAAAGCGGCAGAUUCGGAUAAUACUCUGACAACGAUGGCUAAAAUAAUUGGUGUUAUUGGAAGGAAUGAUAGCAAUACAGCAAAUAUUGCUGUAGAUGAUCUGAUAGCAAUGAGUUGUCGACUUUCCGGUUCCCUUCCUACAAUACUGAAGGAAAUUGAAAGUGUGGCAGAAUGUUUCCCAGCUGCAGUACAACCGCAUCUUGCUUUUAUCCGUUCCAUACCAGAAACGCGUCCUUUUACAUCGGCUGUUUGCGCAAGGAUUCGAGCACUUAGCAGAAAUGGUUAUUUGUAUCAAGCAGGAUGCCAGGAAGAUGCAGCUGUGGACAGUAUUGCAGGUAAUACAGGUGUGGAGCAUUCUGAUGAUUCUCUUGUUUCGAAGUUAUCUGCCAAGAUCGAUGCCCCAAUUAUUUCAAGCGGUGUCCGUACAACGGUAAAUAUAAGUGAUUCAGCGGAGCUUUCAGCACAAGAACUUGAUAAGAAUACCGAGAAUUUAGCAAACGCAUAUAUGUGCAGUAGGUUACGGUCCAGUUGCUCAUUCAUUAAUCAAACCAGUCGAUCGCACGGUAGCUUGAAUCCAUACAUUGAAAAUAUAGCGGUUACUGAAGCAACAUCCCGCGAUUCCCCAUUGUCGAUAAUGUCAUCACAAAGUAAUCGACGUUGUGAUGGUAUUGCAUUUGCACCAAUAUGUCUACCACCAUCCUAUCAACCACCAAAAGGUCAAACAAUGCAACAAAUCGCCCCUUCACCACUGUUACCAACUGCUGUACAGAUGGGUAAGGAUGGACGAGUACGUCCAGUUGCAAUGCAUCAGCGUCGAAUAAAUGCUACACAAUGGAUGUCACCACCACCAUCAAUAGGACGAUCAGCUACCACAAUAACAACACCCGCUCCUGCGACAAUUAUAGCUACCAGUGCUCCAAAAAUUACAAAAGCAGUUACUGAAACCACUUUCCCCGUUAAUAAUGAUUCAAUUAGUUCUAAAUUAGCUAUUGGAAAUUCUGCUCCAAUGAUACCACCACAUUUUAUAUUGGAAGAUUUUUUAUCAUCAACAAGUCAUGCUGGAACAGCAACAAAUACUACCGCAACAAGUGAUGCUGUAUCAACGGAUACCGUUACCGCAUAUAAUACGAUAGAUCGUGGAGAUGUGGUGUUGCAGUUUGUUGAUCAUCGCCGAAGUAAAAUACAAAAUUACAUUCAUAAUAUCAGUAAAACAUAUCCAAUACCGGUACUUUGUAUUGGUGAUACUAAUAAAGGAGCAAAGCAUCGAAUGCGGGUUCAUUUCCGAUGUCAAGUAGCCGAUGACCAUUGUAUAUAUGAUUCAAAUCAACUAUUCAGUUUUAAAACGCAUGUCGCACCUAUAUGGCUUCAUCUUAUGUUCUUACAGCAAGCACCUUCUGAGAUGGAAGCAGCGAGCAUCGAAACAACCGGUCAAGUGAUCGCCCAAUGUUCUGAAACAUAUCAGACACUGUCCAAUUGCUGGAAUUCUCUUCCUUCUGCUCAAACUCGGAAUCGUCCAUUUUUAGAGCUCGUAACUUCUGCAUUUCCGGCUCACAAGGAACAGCAACAAAUAUUGAAAGAACUUCUUGACGCCCGUUAUUUUGAUUCAUUUUCCUACAAUACGGUACUGCAAAAAUGGUCUUGCUUUAGUUGCAACCAUCCAGAACGUGCUAAGACUAUUUUACGACCGGAUUCACCACAUUUACCUGUUCUUGAAGGCCAACUGAAAGAGAAACGAGGAAGAUGGAAAUUCUUGAAACGCUGGCAUACCAAAUACUUUACAUUGUCUGGUUCAGCGCUAAUUUGUCGGGAAGAAAUCUCAGAUCUAGCAGAGGAUAAAAUUAUCUCGCCAGCGCUUGAUUUACGAAAGAUACGUUCCGUGAAAUCACUCGGUAAAGGAAGGAAGAGUCGUAAAUCACUGCCGAAAGCAUUCGAGAUAUUUACCGAUGAUGAUAUUUCCUACGUUUUAAAAGCGAAUGAUCAAAGCAAAGCUGAAGAAUGGAUACAAUGCCUGCAAAUAGCUGUAGCUCAGGCUCAUAAAGGACGAUGA